UUCAUGUAAAACAAUUUACUUGGUAAUAUUCAUAUUUUAUUUGUAUAUUAUUUGUGUGCUCGGAUAAAUAGUUUUAAGGUUAAUUCUUGUGUUUAUUUGAAAAAUUAUUAAAAAAUGGAAACAAUUUUUAAUCGUCGUCCAGUAAUUUCGCUUAAUAUUAUGGAUAAUUUUGAUUAUGCGUCACAACAUGAACUUGAUUUACCAAAUCUAAUGGAGAUUUUACCUAGCCCUCCUGAAAGCGAAUCGCAAGACUCCGACAACAGAUAUUGUGAUUUAUCAUCUCCAGAAGCGAUGGGUUUUUCGAAUUACAGAAAAGAUGAACCACAACUGGUUAUCACAGAACAACCAGUGGAAAAAUUUCGUUUCCGUUAUAAAUCGGAAAUGGCCGGGACACAUGGAUGUCUUAACGGGAAAAAUUCAGACAAGUCUGUAAAAGUUACUUAUCCGACCGUUGAGCUUCGAAAUUAUUCAAAACCGGCAAUUGUACGCUGUAGUUUGUAUACAGCACCAACAAAAGACGGGCACGAGCAAUUUCCUCAUCCGCAUCGAUUAAUGCGAGAAGAUGAUCCGGAUCCUCAUGACAUCGAAGUGGGCCCCGAUUUAGGAUUUGAAGCGGUUUUUUCUAAUAUGGGAAUCAUUCACACCGCCCGUAAGUUUAUUAACGAUGAAUUAACCAAGAAAAAAACACGAAUGUAUAGAGAAAAGAGAAGGUUGGGACCAAAGCAAGAAUUAAAAACGCAUGAUAAAGUUGCUAUUAAAAAUGAAAUUGAAGAAGAAACUAAGCGAAUAAAUUUAAAUACUGUUACCUUAUGCUUUGAGGCAUUUGAACGAAGACUUGAUGGAUCUUUAUAUUCAAUAUGUGAUAAAGUUUUUUCAGAUCCAAUAAAUAAUUCAAAAAGUGCCAUGACGGGCGAAUUAAAAAUCUGCAGAAUGGAUAAAGCAGUGAGCCCUUGUUCCGGCGGCGAAGAAAUAUUUAUGUUUGUUGAGAAAGUGGUAAAAAAGAAUAUAGAAGUUAGAUUUUUUGAAAUUAAUAAUGAGACCGAAGAAAUCACAUGGACGGGUAAAGGAAUUUUUAAUGAUUUGGAUGUGCAUCAUCAGUACGCGAUUGCAUUAAGAACGCCACCAUAUCGUGACCAAAAUAUAAACAAACAAGUACUAGUUUAUGUAGAGUUAUUUCGACCUUCGGAUGGCGACCGAAGUGAACCACGUGCGUUUCGGUAUAAACCUAAUGAAAAAUCUGGAGUUGGUAAAAAACGAAGAUUUAAUGACGAAAUUAUUCCUACCACAAUAGAAUCGGGUGAUUUAUCAGGAAAUUUAUUGGAUGGUAAAGAUUGCGUUCAAGCUAUUGAAGAAAUGUCACAAGGAGUAAAUUCAUCUGAAUUUCAAAAGUUUUUGGAUAUUUUUGAAAAGGAUUUACCAGAAUAUAGUGGGUCCUUAACAUCAUCUUCUACAGAAUUAACACCAGAUGGACAUCAUCGACGUUACACUGAUAAUUUAAUGUCUAAAAAAAUACCAAAAAUAUAUAAACUUAGGGGCGGAUACGAAGAAGUAAAAGAAAGUAAUGAAGUUUACAACCAGUUAAUAGAUAGUUUAAAAGAUGCAGUUAUUGAAAGUAAUCCGAAAUUGAAAAAAAAUACUCAAAGUAUUUUGAGGUGUAAGCUGAAUUCCACAGGCGAUAAAUAUAUCGAUGAAGAAAAAGAAAUCAAAGAAAUCGAGAAAAAUGCAUACAAAAAAGUGAUCAUACGUUUAAAAGAUGCGAUGAAGGCAAAUCAUCCAAAUUUAAAAAAUUUGGCUUUAACUGUCUUUAAAUUAAGAUUGGAUCCUACAGGUGACAAUGUAUUAAGCAUGGCAAUUAAAAUGAACCUGGAAAACGAUGUUUACUACCUAAUACAAUUGUUAGAAGAAGUUGAUGAUGGAUUUUUAGUUAAUUUCGCUAAUAAUGUUGGAGAGACAGCUCUCCAUAGAGCUGUUGAACUCGGCAAAGAAAAUAUUGUCAGGUCAUUAAUGAAAAUUAAUGCAAAUCCAAAUUGUCCAGACGCCAAAGGUGAUACGGUAUUUCAUACUGCAUUAAAAAGCCAGCAAAAUGCUAAGAAAAUAUAUGACAUCGUAAAGAUGUUAUGCAACUAUAAUUCUUUAGAUUUUGAUUUGGAGAAUGAUGAUGGUUUGACGGCGGUUCAUCUGGCUGUGAGAUCAAAUAAUUUAGCGGUUACUUCAUUAUUGAUUGAAAAAGGUGCAGAUGUAAAUCACAUAUCUUCACAUGAUGGAGAUAGUGCGUUGCACAUGGCUGUGACAAAUAAUAAUAUAGAUAUUGUAAAAUAUUUAUUAGAAUUUUCAAAAAUCAAUAUAAAUCAACAAAACUUUGGAGGUUAUACUGCUUUACAUAAGGCGGUUGCAGAAGAAAAUGCAGAUAUUUGUAAAAUACUCCGCGUCUAUAACGCGGAUCCAAAUAUCCCAAAUAACGAUAUGUGUGUUGAAAUCAAACAAGAAAAUGAUGAAGACGAAGAAGAUGAAGAGGAAGAUCCAGAAGGAGGGAUAACUUCUGUACAAUUGGCGUUACAUAACAAAUAUCUUUUAGAUAUUUUAAAACAAGAACCUCAAAUGUAUUUCCAUGAAGAUGAUGAUAUAAAAAUGGAAAUUAAAGAGGAAGAAAUAGAAAUGGUGGAAACUAAGCCGGAUGUAUUAUAUACAGAAGAUUUGGCAGUUAUUUGUGAUGGAUCCGAUUUAUGGGAAAAGUUAGCUGAAUUUUUCGGUUGCCAAGAUUUUGUAGAUGUUUUUAGAAAUACAUCAAGCCCUACAAGGGCAAUUAUAAAUUAUAAAAAGGUUGAUGUUACUUUAGAUGUUGUAAGACAAUUUCAAGUUUUUUUGGCGGAUCCAGUAGAAGGGUCGAAACUCGAUGAAAUUAUUGGUCGGUUAACAAUUUAAAUUUUUUAUUAUUGACAAAAUAAUUUUGAGUUUAAU